AUGUAUGCGGCCGCAACGCUGCAGCUUGCAGCGCUGGUUGCCUGUGCGUCAGCCAUUUAUGAGGAUCAAAUUGGCAAAUUUGACUGGCGCCAGGAAAAUGUGGGCUGCCCACGACAAAUCCACGUGGAGCGGGCGAAAGGGCUCCGGCAUACGCAUGUGCUCGUAUCAACCGAAGCUGAUAUGGUGGCAUCGUUGCAAGCAUCCACUGGACAAAUAGUGUGGAAGCAGCAGCUCGAGCAUUCUUCUUCUUCCAGCUCUCCACUAACAUUCACAGCUGCCUCAAAGUCACUGAUUACAUUCACAAACAAUAACGAUGUGGUGCGUGCAUGGGACCGCGAGACUGGAAUUUUGUUAUGGGAAACUCAAAUUUCGCAAAUUGCUAAUAGGGAUGCGCAUGUUACGGCCCUCUCUCUCGCUAACGGCCAGUAUAAAUGGUCAAGGAAUGAGGAAAAUAUAAAAGAUUGGAUUGGCUCGAUGCCAGGCUCUCAAAUGCUCACUUCAGUUGGAGGCGUUGCUGGCGUAGAGCUCAGUGUUGUCAGAAUUGAUAUAACAAAUGGUGCAACUGCCAAACUCCAAAAACUCAAUGCCAGUUGGUUCAAGAAAGAAAAAUGUACGUUGUCCGAUACGCUGUUGUCGUGUUUUGACGAAACGGGCUUUCAUGUAGCUGAUUUAUCGUCGGAUCCAGUGACCGUGCAUCACACUGCACUUCCCGCCGUCCAUAGCAUCAUGAAGCUGAACACCAGAGAUCUGCUGCUGGUGAACUCUCACACAAAUACAUACGUUUAUCGUUUGACACUAUCGGAACCGCCAACACUGAUGCUUGAACUGGAAAAGGUUGAAGCAGUGGCAACAUCCGAUAGACACGACUUUCUGGCUGUCGCAACUGCUGCGCAUGAGCUGAUUGUCUACGAUGCUGUUAAAGGGGAGCUUCUAUUCAGGGCACAGAUUUUGGAAAAAGACUUAGCACCUUUCAAAAUGAUCUCUUUCAUUGGAAGCGGACAGGAGUUUGAAUUUGCCGUUGUUUUGGAAGACUGCAGGCUAAUUUAUCUGGUUGGCUCAUCGAAUAAGUUGGCAAAAGAAUGGAUAAGGCAUGAAGCUCUCAGUACAGUCACAUCCGUAGAGAUGGUCGAUCUUCCGUUAUCUGAGGCACAGGCUGAUAUCGAAUCCGAAUUUGCUACCGAUGGAGGUAAUUUUCAGUUCUUUUUUGGAUGA